CGCGGCCAUCGUCCAGCGCAACAACAUACUUUUUUUUAUCCUCAGUGCGUCGCGUGCCUGCGACUCCUUCAGCCAAGAUGGCGCGCGUCUACGCCGACGUCAACCAGAACAUGCCCCGCAGCUACUGGGACUACGACAGCGUCAAUAUCAGCUGGGGUGUUCUCGAGAACUACGAAGUCGUCCGCAAGAUCGGGCGAGGAAAGUACUCCGAGGUGUUCGAAGGCAUCAACGUCGUCAACUACCAGAAGUGCGUCGUCAAGGUUCUCAAGCCGGUGAAGAAGAAGAAGAUCAAGCGAGAGAUCAAGAUCCUGCAGAACCUGGCGGGCGGGCCCAACGUUGUUGCACUGCUUGAUGUCGUGCGAGACUCACAGAGUAAGACUCCGUCUUUGAUUUUCGAGUAUGUCAACAAUACCGACUUCCGAAGCCUCUAUCCCAAGUUCAACGACCUUGACGUGCGAUUCUACAUUCUCGAGCUGUUAAAGGCUCUCGACUUUUGCCACAGCAAGGGAAUUAUGCACAGAGACGUGAAGCCUCAUAACGUUAUGAUCGAUCAUGAGAACAGAAAGCUGCGUCUUAUCGACUGGGGUCUGGCUGAGUUCUACCAUCCUGGAACGGAAUACAACGUUCGUGUGGCCUCUCGUUAUUUCAAGGGCCCCGAACUGCUGGUUGAUUUCCAGGAGUACGACUAUAGUCUCGAUAUGUGGAGUCUCGGCGCCAUGUUUGCAUCCAUGAUCUUCCGCAAGGAGCCUUUUUUCCAUGGAAACAGCAACUCCGACCAGCUUGUUAAGAUCGCCAAGGUCCUUGGCACAGACGACCUAUUUGACUAUCUUGACAAGUACGAGAUUGAGUUGGACGCUCAGUAUGAUGAUAUUCUGGGACGAUUCCAGAAGAAACCGUGGCACAGCUUCGUCACAUCGGAAAAUCAGCGUUUUGUCUCUAACGAAGCCAUUGAUUUCCUCGAUAAACUACUGCGUUACGACCACCAGGAGCGUCUGACUGCAAAGGAAGCUCAAGCCCACGCCUAUUUCAACCCUGUUCGAGACCCUGAGGUUUUCAAGCAGAACUUGAUCGGCGCUAAUGGAGGACCGUACAAGUCCUGAAAUGGCUACGGUGCUUUAUUCUCUCGACGAUCUUUUCAAGUAUCGCAAUCUCUCUAGCCUCUUCUUUUUUUUAUCCCCGUCACCAGCGCUUGAAUCAUUCAUCUCUUCAAAAGAUGAUACUCCAACUCUUUCGGCUAGGCUGGGCUGCCUAAUAAAUAUUCAAGGGGAUGAGUCAUGGGAAAUUAAAAGAAAAAAAAUUAGGGGCAUAACACUUCUUUUUUUAUGAUGAACGGUAAAACUUCUGCGGCUGUUCAAAGCGGUGCAGGAAUUAUGAUAGGAAACAACAAUAUUUUUCGGUGGCUGGAUAUGAGAAAGAAAGCAAGCGGUUAGGAAAACACUACAGCGAACAGAAUUUCUCUAUUCCCUAACUCUCUCCUUUCCUUUCCCCCUUUCCCUCUCUCCAUCAUCCUUUUCACCAGUUUGUGAAGAGAAGAAAAAAACCCUAGAGGUAGCGAACUUUGCACUCAAUCGGUCACAAGUUCAGCUAUCUCGGAGCAGCAAAGUCGGUCUACGGCGUUUCAGGAAAUUUGGGCAUUUGCAAAGCUCGGGUGCGAAGGCAGGAAAGGGAUGGAGGGAGGGAAGGACUUUUCACCCAUAGUUUCUCGCUUCCCCUUUUCGAUGUUUUGGAACAACUAAUUUGAUUUGCGGUUAGCUAAUAUGUAGGUAGCGUGUAAUACAUCGUCAUUCCACACUACCCUUUUGUCCUCCCUUUUCUCCCAAAGAAGUAAAAAAAGAUCUCCAGAUAUGUUACUCCAUUUGCCCAGUCCACUAGCUAUGCCGUUAAACGCCACCAGU